UUCUCUCCACUGCCUACGUGAGAGGAAGUGUGCCUUUCCUGCCAGGGGAGGGUCCUGGAUUAACUCGCCAGUCUGUCUCAUACGAAAUGCUCUGCUGAUAGCAGAUAAGACGGGAUCGACUGUGGCUGCCUGGUUAAUUCACUCUGAAGGUUGGUGCAGUGAAUAUUGUCAUAUUGCAGUGGAGCUCGCAAGAGGAGUGUUUGUUGUUCCAAUAAGAAAGAGGAGGAGGCAAGAGUGAGGAAGACCGCUAACUUGGACCAUAGCUGGUUGCCGUGUUUGCUGUUGGAAGAGGGAAAUGACAGAGCACAACAAGAGGCUGUGGAAAUAUCCUGUGUCAGGUUUAAAUGCCCUGAUGGACAAGAUGUGCAUAGUUUAGUUCAGCAUGUCUAUUGGAGGGCGGCACCCUAUCACGGGGUGGCGUUUUGCUGCUCAUGGCUUUUCUUCACAUCCCCAUGAGAUGCACUUUAGCAGGAGGGAAAAGCCCUGCAGGUCCACGACACGCCAGCACUGAGCGACAGAGCAAAAUCAGAGCAGGCGUACCGGCCGCAAAGGAGGCAGAGACGGGAUUUGUACCGAGUGUUCAAGACUUUGACAGAAAACUUGCAGAAGCUGAUGCCUACCUACAGAUUCUCAUUGACCAGUUAAAGCUUUUCGAUGAGAAAGUCAAGGACUGCAAAGAGGAUGAAUCACGCAGAAAAAUUGAAAAUUUGAAGGAUACUACUUGUAGUAUGGUAGAGUCCAUCAAGCACUGUAUUGUUCUGCUGCAAAUUGCCAAGGACCAAAGUAACGAUCAGCAACACGCAAACGGACUUAUAAGCACCAUCAACCCCGUGGAUGGGAUAUACCAACCGCCUUUGGACACUCCUGUAGCCAACACCACAAUGCCAACACAGACCACUCUCCCCACAGAUACUUCUCAGGUGUGUAAAUCGGACCAGCGACCGUCGACCUUACCAGUUGGUCCUGUCGUCACAGUGAUGGGCAGUUUGCAGACCCCAACUCCCAAUAGCACAGGGAGUGGCCCGUCGGGCCCUAACAGUGGCAUCACCUCUCCAUCUCUCAUCCCUCUCCCAUCACACUCGGUGCCGGACUUCUCGUAUUCGUCCAGCGAGGAUGAGUUCUACGACGCGGACGAGUUUUACCAGAGCACCACUUCCCCUAAACACUGCAUGAAUCCCUCAGGACCCGCGACUGCCUCGCCCCUUAAUAAUGAAGAAACUACAUUGAAGAGACCAGACACAACAGAAUCCCUCAACUCGACCAUGUCAAAUGGCACCACAGAAGCAGAUCCGUUUGAUAGCCACGAUGACCGUGAUGAUGACGGUGAGGGCGAGUCCGUGGAGGAGCACAAAAGCGUCAUCAUGCACCUGCUCUCCCAAGUCCGUCUGGGCAUGGAUCUCACCAAGGUGGUCCUGCCUACCUUCAUCCUAGAAAGGAGAUCUUUGUUAGAAAUGUAUGCCGACUUCUUUGCACAUCCAGACUUAUUUGUAAGUAUCGCAGAGCAGGCGGAGACCCGUGAGCGCAUGGUUCAGGUGGUCAAAUGGUACCUCUCGGCCUUCCACGCAGGGAGGAAAGGCUCUGUGGCCAAGAAGCCUUACAACCCCAUCCUGGGAGAGGUUUUCUUCUGUCACUGGGAUCUGCCUUGCAAGACUGAAGAGGUCUCCACCCACAUGUCAUCCUCCCCUGCUCCUGUGCAGGACACUCUAUCAGAGGGUCCGGUUCCAUGGUCUUCACCCAAUAAUGUGUCUUUUGUGGCAGAGCAGGUCUCUCAUCACCCACCCAUUUCUGCAUUCUACGCAGAGUGUUUAAGUAAGAAGAUCCAGUUCAAUGCUCACAUCUGGACCAAGUCCAAGUUCCUUGGCAUGUCUAUAGGUGUUUAUAAUAUUGGCCAAGGCUGUGUGUCAUGUUUAGAGCACGAUGAACAUUACAUCCUCAACUUCCCCAACGGAUACGGCAGGUCCAUUUUGACCGUGCCCUGGGUGGAGCUGGGUGGGGAGUGCAACAUCUCGUGCUCCAAAUCGGGCUACAGCGCCAACAUCGUGUUCCACACCAAACCCUUCUACGGCGGCAAGAAGCACAGAAUCACAGCAGAGAUUUUUGCACCAAAUGAUAAGAAGUCUUUCUGCUCUAUCGAAGGCGAAUGGAACGGAGUGAUGUUUGCCAAGUGGGCCACCGGAGAGAACACGUCAUUCAUUGACACUAAGAGGAUGGGCAUCAUUAAGAAGAAAGUGAGGAAGCUGGAAGACCAGCUGCCGUAUGAGUCUCGAAGACUGUGGAGAGACGUGACGCUCAACCUGAAGCUCAAAGACAUCGAUGCUGCAACGGAAGCCAAGCAUCGACUGGAGGAGAAGCAGAGAGUGGAAGCCAGGGAGAGGAAGGAGAACGAGCAGCAGUGGGAGACCAGGCUAUUCCACGAAGACGGGGAGUGCUGGGUGUACGACGAGCCUCUAUUAAAGAGACUAGCCUCUCCUCGACCUUGAGAGGAGCGACCCAUGCAUACAUUCCCCCUUCCUGCCCCCGCACUACAUGCAUUAAGAUUGAACGCACACUGCAGAGUCUUCAUAAGAACUCUUUCGCAAAGACCACUUGUUUGCCGAGCCUUGGACUGACUGACCGCCGACGGCAUUGUGUACGCAGCUUUGCCUCUGACUGUACAAUGAUGGAAACGAAUGAUAUUAAAUAGAAAGCACCUAAGAAGUACCAAGACAAUUAGUAACGCUUUACUCCUUAACAGUGCGGCCGCCAGUUCUCAGCAGCACUCUGCCGCUGCCAGGCCUCUCCCUUCAUCAAGGGUGUUGAAAUUGAAUAAUAAUAACCUUUUCACAUGUAAAACAGCGCUUGACAUCUCAGGGAAUCUGGUGACCGAAGAAAGAGAGCCCCCCUCCAAGAGUCUGGUAGCCUUAUGAUUAUGAUGAUGAUGAAGGUGGUGGUGUUGGUAGAAUGGAUUAACUAGGCGGGGGAGACAUUCUCCGCUUGCCUGCAACUAGUUAUAACUUGUUCAUAUAUAAAUAUAGAUAUACAUAUGAUGCAUAUAUUCUUUUUUAAAAAAUUCUUUCUGGCAAUAGUGUAAAAUAUUUGACCAUAAUGAAAUUUUAAGGAAGCAUCCAAUGAUCACGUUUGAUUUUCUGCUCUCAUUUCAAGUUAGUUUGGUCCUUUUCUUCAUUGUAGGACACAGGUGAGGUCCACAAAAGCCAUAGUAUCUGAACACACUGAUGGAAAUAUAUUUAUGCAAUCUAAAGGUUAUCAACAAUGCUUGUCAAAGAUGAAAAGACCGAACAAUCCAAUGAACUUGUAUUCUAUGUAACCUGAAUGCAUAUAUGAACAAAUGACUGUCAAUAUGGCUUUUUGUUCUUCCGGACCGCUUUGUCCAUAAUUACGGUUUUCAGUUUUUCGUGCCCAUACGCAUCUCAUUGCUGAGGGGAGGACGUUGUAAACAACCCACAAAAAAUGAUAGGAACAUUGCGCCUGUCUUUAUUUUUGCAGGGCUGCUAUGGUUCUUUUUUAGGUUCCAUCCCUCCCCAAUAUUGGCAACAACACUGAGGGAUAUUGUACUCUUCACCUUAAAUUUUGUUGUUCCAAAAUGUUCAACAUUCCUUUUAUUUACAGUGACAUAGAUGCUGGAUAAAAAUGCAAUGGAUGAGACACAAUAAUAAACAAGUUCCACAUGAAAA